AUGGCGGGGGAGGAUGGCCGUGAGCGCAGCCGAUCGCCCUCGGCGCGGCGCGCCUUUUGGCAAGCGCAGCUGGAGGCCAUCUACACGCGCCGGAACCCAGCGAAGCUGUCCACCAUCCCGGAGCUUUUGAAGAAGUUCGACGGGCAGGAGGCAGUUCUGUACACGAAGGUUUGUCACAAGUAUGACCUCAACCCAACGAAAUUCCACACGCAGCGAGAUGCUUGGCUCGAGUAUGACUUGACCGUCAACCACGGUCCAUCGCCGGCUGCAAGUUCCCCGCUCUUGAAUGCUGCGCCAUUGGAUGUCACCGUGGUCACACCCGCAGGGUCCACGGCGGAAAUCACUGGUUUGCUGCCCACACAGACUGUGAAAGAUCUUUUGCAGCAAGCUGCUAACCGGCUCAACUUCCCUGUGUGGUGCUCAAAACUGUGCAAGCAGGGUGAAGACCAUCCUGUUGACAUAGACCUGAAGUUGCACGCGGCGGGCGUGACAUCCGGAAUGAGUCUGACGCUGGUCCAGGAGGAGGGGGACCCCGAGGUCUGCGAGGCACUCGAGCGCUUCCGUUCCGGCGAUGCUGGCAGUCCCGCCUCUGUCUUCGUGGUUCUGCAGGUGACGCGGCCUCAUUUUGGUACGCUCUCCGUUUCUCUGAUCGGAGUCUUCAAGCAGAAGACGGAUGCCAUCGAGGCAGCCGUAGUAUCGGUGAGGGAGGCCUGGGGUCAG